AUGCCGGCACCAUUUCAUGCCAGCCAAGUAUUUGCUUUUCUUCGUCGAAAUUAUCGAGUUUCACGAAAUACUCGAGCUCUUUGGCAAUUUCAACAGAUAGCAGCGUCUUCAUUGAACCCAGUUCGCAUUCCAACAUCAGAAGAAAUUACACAAUCAUCCGAUGAAAUAGUUCUUGUAUCGGCUUUAGACGAACAUGGCAAACCCAUACCAGCAUCAUCAAAUAUUGUGUGCAAUAGUGCAACACGUUUUUCUUAUUUCACAACACGUUAUAAAUUUGCAUUCAUUCUUGAUAUGACCGAUUCGUGUGCUUCAGUCUCUAUCGAUGGUGGUCAUAUCUAUUUAGAAUCACUAACAAAUUGUCUAUGUAUACUUUUAUAUUCUCUUGCUCAAACAUUUACACUACCCGGUUGUGAAUUAAAAUUUCAACCCGAAAUAGACAUAUCUGUUUAUGUUUAUUUUCCAUUACAUCGUACACCAAGUCAUCAAGUCUUAAUUCAUGGAUAUCGAUUAACUUGGGCGACAUUAAAAAUUGUCUGUGAUGAAAUAGCAAGUAAUCUAAAAGCAGCUAUUGAACUUCUACAUAAUGUUAUGAGUAUUAGUCAACCAUUUACUGCGCAUUCAACAUCAUCUACAGUCGAUUCAGAUGAUAAUAUAAAUUUACAUCUAAAUGCAAUCUAUGCAAAUAGUGAAUCGUCAUGUGCCAUCAUAAAUAUGCUUAGCUAUGGUAUAACAGCUCUACAGUUAAUGCCAGAAGAAUCAACAUCAGUAUUAGUUAUUAUCACUGACGGCAUACUUGAUGUACCGAAUUUACCUGCAUUUGAGGUUGUUAUGAGACAAAUACGAGCACGUAUAAUAAGUUGUUCAUUUGUUCAAAUCGGUUCAAAUAAUAGUCGGCAUCAAUUAACGAAAAAUAGAGUUUUGAAUGCACCUAUCGCUAGUCUCGGCCAUGUACCAAAUGAAGAGCUACUAAAAUUUAUUAGUUUAUCAACAUUUGGUUCAUUUAUAUAUUUUGAUGUUGAUCAUAUUAGUGGAGAAUCAACAUUAUUAACACGUUUAUUUUGUCAAGAAGAAGAAUUAAUAAAUGUUUGUAAGCGAUUUCAAGAGUUUCAAAAUGAACUCUUAUCUUGGGGUUUUCAUAAAGCUGUCGAUGAAAAUAGUGUAUCAUCAAUAAAAAAAAUUACGAAUGGGUCAUUAAAUAUUGAAGUUGAAAAUAAUCGAAAUAAUAAACUGAAAGCAACUUGUUUACCAAUAGCAUGUAAAUUAGUCAAUCAAACAGUUCUUCAAACAUCAUUGGAUAAUGUUCUUUCGUUGCGUCUGCGUGAAGGUUACACAGUUCGACAUGUUCAAAUACAAAAAGAUGAAAUCGAAGUUCAUCUUGUUUUACCAUGGCGUUAUGAUAUUCAAAUUUACUAUAUAGCUCGAUCUGUUUGGCCUAUUGAAAAAAGUGUUCGGACCGAUAUACGAGUUUAUAAAGAAGCACCAAUUUAUUUUCUUCAAGACAUAAAUCAAUUAUCAUAUAGUCAAACGCCAAAAGCUGCAAACAUGAUGCGAAAUAAUCUCAUUCGACGAUAUAAUGAUGUUAUUCAAACUGUCUCAGUCACUGAUCGACACCUAACAUUAAUUAAUACGUUUGCUCGAAAUUCAUCUUAUUAUAAUAUAACGGAAGCAAUAAAACGUGGAAAAACUAUUUUUUAUUUAUCUCAAAAUGAUUUACAACAAACAUUAUUGCUCGUCAAAGAUCCCGAACUUCAAGACUUUGCUGACUUUUGGCGUCCCAUCGUUAUUCUUGAUGGAUCAUUAUGGCAACGUUUCAUGUACACGCAUCAUUUAACAAUUAUUUUAGUCAAUGAUCCUCUAUCAAAUGCAUUAUUUCUUCUGAAUAAUCAUUUAUCACAAUCGCAUAAUAAUCACAUACAAUCAACAGUUUCAUGUCGCAUAGCAAAAAAUGACUUUGAAGCAUUUCUAUCGGAAUAUUUUUCAUUUGUUCUUCUUGAUGGCCAAGCGUAUAUUAAAUUUCUUUUUCAUAGUAGUGGUGGCACAGUGCCAUAUAGUUUUAUGUUAUUACGCGUUAUGGGACAACCACCAUUACUCUAUCUUAAAUUUGCUUUUCAAGCUAAAGCAACAACAGUUGAACGACAUAAAAUAAUAGAAGAUUUUCGAUGGAAUCUUAUUCGUCUUCGUCAACGUCCACGUAUGAAAUCUGGAAAUCCUAAUGAAAACAAUCGUAAACAACAAACGUCGACACCAGUUUCAUCGAAUAGCAGUCAACGAUCAAUACCAAUAUCAACAAUUUCAUCGAAUAGCAGUCAACGAUCAAUACCAAUAUCAACAGUUUCAUCGAGUAGCAGUCAACGAUCAAUAUCAAUAUCAACAAAUUCAUCGCAUCAACGAUUCACAUCACCCUGUUGUGUUGUUCUAAAUAAAAAUAUUGAAAGAUUAAUGCUCAAACCCGAUCCAUUUCCUUAUGAAUCGUUGGGUAUACCGAAACCUGAUGAUGAUGAUAGUCAACAAAAAAAUCGAACAGAAUUAGAUUCAAAACGACAGGCACUAUCCAAAUUUUUCUAUAUACGUUCAUUUAUACGUUCAUUCGAAAGUAUAAAACAUUCAUCAAAUAUACCAAAACGUAUAGCAGAUAUUAUUCUUGAUACAAUCAUAAGACGAAGACUUCAAGAAGGCUUUCAUUUUGUGGCCACACAUAAUAAUAUUCAUAAUCUCGUUCUUGAAGUUAAAAUGAAUACACCAAAAGAAGAACAUUCACCAGAUAUAUGUCGAUUAAACUCUGAUAUUAGUUUCUAUCCUGAUGAUAGAGCACGAACAUGUCUUGUACAAUAUAGAAUUUAUCCGGUGGAAUAUGUUCGGUCAAAGAAUACUCCAUCACGUGAUAAUAACUCAGCGUCAUUACGGCGUUCAUCAAGCAUUCAUAGUGAUCAACCGACCUGCUACUAUUUUCUAACUCAAUGUUGGGUUGAACCACAAGAUGGUUUUGUUGAUACUAAUUGUCCUGAACUUGAAUUUCUCAAUCAAUGUACUUACAAACAAAUUGUCGAUAAGAUCGGCGAAGUUGAUCGAGAAUGCUUCAAUACACUUGUUUCAUUUUAUUUUGUUAAAUACUUACCGGAGCGAAGUACAUUUUUACCAAGAGUUAUAUCACGUGCGCCACGAGCUUUAACAUCGGAUAUAAUUCGCGUACCAUUUAUUCAAGAUACAAUAAAUCUGAUACGUCGUUCAUCUCAAACACAUUUUGAUUUUUCUGCUUUCAUUGAUGAUUAUUAUAAGAUAAAAUAUGAUUAUAUCAAUAGUAAUGGUACACUUACAUCACCAAGUCUUAAUUCAACAUUACUUAGUGUACUUCGUGAACGUCUUUGCUCGAAAACAUACGAAAGUAAACCACAAUUAUUUUCCGAAUGUAAUGAUAAUAGUAAUUUAUUCACACGUAACUUGAUUACACGUUCGUAUCAUUCGAUAAAUUCUCGUUUACCUGUUGGUUUACAAAGUUUAAAAUCAAAUCCAUAUUUACUCUAUUUACUUAACUAUCAUCAACAACAAACAACGAAGCUAUUAACUGAUCUCGAACGUUUUCUUAUUGAUAUGUUGUUUCCUCAUUGGGAUUUUCUUGUUUGUGCUGAUAAUGAUGAAUAUGUCUAUAUGAUAUUAUUACCAAAAACUGAACGUGAUUUACUUUUAUUGAAUACAGAUUUAACUACACUUAUGCACGAUCUUAUUGCUUAUUAUUCAUUUAAUCAUAUUGAUAAUAAAGUGCCGAUCUAUGAAGAUUGCCGUUGUGUAAUGGAAGGUUUAUUCGAUGAUAUUGAACAUUUAAUCGGUAUUGAUUCGCCACAUUCACCGCCUUCAAAUGAAAAAUUACAAAAUAAACUAAACGACGAAUAUGCGGGUAGACAUCACCAACGACGACGUCAACGCCGAGAUACAUUUACUUCGGGUGAUUCAGCUGCACCUCAUAGUACACAUUUAGGAUCCAACAGUAGUAAAAGUACAAUAUCUACAUCACCGAUUCCUAUAAGUCAUCAGCUGAAUCAACAUUUAAACCAUUCAUCGUCACAGCCGACACCUCUUGGCUACCGUCGUAUCUAUUCUCCAUUGACCAUUGAUACAAGUAGCAUAUCACAUGCUGAACAUAGCAUGCGUCGUUAUUCUGCAUCAGCUGUUGUGUCGCCACCUGUUCAUAAUCAUAAUCAUGGAGGUACACCUUCAGUUAAUGUUAUUCCACCGACACCACGCGAAGUCUUAUUGAAUGAUAUGUUGAAAAAAUUUCCUGAUCAUCAAUGGCAUAUUCCAAUAUAUUUAUAUGGCUGCAAUAAAUUACGUUUAGCAUCAUCAUUACUUCUAUCAAAUGAAUUACAAUUAAGGAAUUUUUAUUCGGAUACUUAUGUUGAUUAUACUAAAGAUGAUAUUGAUUAUUCCACUAUAACAUCUACGACAACGGCACCAACAUCGCAAACUUUAAAGCCUCGAAAACGCGAUAAUUCUCGUCGACAUGAUGAUGAAUCAUUAAUCCCUCAAGAAAAACUAGUUCAAGACAUGCGAGAUUCAAUUGAUUAUGCAAUUGCAACUGCAUUUUAUAAAAAUUGUUUACUUGAUUUAACAACAAAUAGUUCUGAUGUUGAAUAUGCAUUAAAUACAAUCUAUCGGGACCACUAUGAAGAGAUUGAGUUGACACCGUUUCUUAAAGCAAUGUGUGCACAUUUAUCAAAUAAUGAACUAAAUUCAAUUGAAUUCGAUUCAGUUUGUGAACCAACAACAAGACAUAUUAAUUCUUAUUUAAAUGACAAAUUUAUUGGAAUAAUUAGUAAAUUUUUUCAUCGUGUGGCACCGGAUUCGGAUUAUUUUUACUUUUUUACUGAUGAAGACGGCUUUCGACAGACUCGAAAUUCCGCUGAAUCAGAAGAUCGUCUAUCGAAUAAUCAUAAUAACCAUAAUAAUAAUAAUAAUAAUAAUAACAACAAUGAGUUACAAUCAGCAUCGGGACCGUAUAAAUUUGAUGAUACAAACGUAUAUGAUCAUGAAACUGAUGAUGAUGAUGAUGAUCGAGAUAGUAAUCAAACUGUUCAUGUACAUGAUAAUAAUGAUGAUGAAGAUCCCGAAUUACAAUUAGCAACACAUCGUCGUCGUUCAGAUCUAUCAUCAAGUUCACUAUCAAAUCGUUCGAGAGAAUUAUCUGUCCGAGGUGAAAUCUUACCUUUGUUUAUUUGUUUUGCUUCUGAACUAGAUUCAAAGGUGAAUCCUCUCUAUGAACCAGUUAGAACCAUUCCACUUUGUAUAAGCGGUUUAAUGUCUAAGACAAAGGAGAGAAAAAUCGAUUAUGAUAAUCUACGUAUUUUAUUCGAUUUCAUUUGUUUAACAUUCGAACGUGAAGACGCCGAUGCACAAGGUGCCAACAGUGUUGUUACCACGAAUACACCAACAUUUAGUAAUUCAUUUUUAUCAACAAAACGGCUUCAAGAAUUCAACGCUAUCGACGCAAUUGAAAAUGCCAGUACUUGUACGGGUACAACAAUGGGCAUAGAAAUCGAAUGGCUUUUACGUGACGAGCAACUUUCAACAUAUUUUAGUCGGCGUACACUGGAUAGAAAAUUAAUUGAAAAUGUUAUUGAACAUGUUCAAAGUUCAGUUAAUAUUCAAAAAUCAAAUUGUCUUUGCCGUUCAAUUGAUCUUAUGUUUGUACUUGGUAUUGAUAAGUCGCGCGAUCCAUUUAUUGAAGAUUUAAAAAAUAUUCGUAUUCGAAAUAAAUAUGGUCUAACGAAAUGUGGAAUAUAUUUCGUUCUACUUAAACGAAAUGAUGAAACUAUAUUAGAUAUGUUUCCGAAACGUAACAAAAUUCUAUCGGUGACAUCGAACGAUGAUCAAUCUUCAUCCAACAUGGAAGAAAGUUCAAUUUCAGAAAGUUCAAUCGGGGAUGAUGAUGAUGAAAAAAAAUCUAGCGAAGAUGAACUCGAUGAUUAUAUAAAACCAUCAUUUUGGCUUUUUGUUGAACAAAGACAGAAACCUUCAACUGAAGUUGACUUACUUGAAGUUAAAUUUUAUCUCUAUUGCGGUUCAUCGUCUGAUGCAACACAAAAUUCAAUUGAACCUCAAGCUAUACUAGAAGAAUUAAUGAAUGAAUUCAAUCGAUUAUGUCGUAGAAUCAAUCAGAAAUUGUUACUAAGUGAUUUAGCAGCCAAUGGAUUAUGUAAUUCACUAUUGGUACCACCUGGUGAAACUGAUGAGAUAAGUAUCGAAACUGAUGCACCCAUUUUAACAGCUAAUUUAAAAAUAACACCUGGCACAUUUGCUUGCGAUGAAUUAUGGAGACAUUCGUUUCCGCUGCACCUUCGUCUUCGACCACAUCUACAGACAAUGUCAAGUUACAAAUCAUCAUCUGGCUAUCAUCCAGGCUCACUCAUACGUGAAUUAACAACAACUUUUAAUUCGUUUGCUGUACAUAAUAGAAAAAAUUUGUUUGUUUAUCGUGGUGAACCAAACAACUAUUAUAUGAGAUUUCGAGAAGAUACUCUUCCACCAUCGACAUCUAGUUACGUUGAUGACUCUUUAGUACUCAGUGAAAGUGCUAAUGCAUAUGGUCCACCACCAUCACCACAAAUACAUCAUCAAAAUAGUGCACCAUUAAAUAGCAAUUUGAAAAAUCGUCAACGACACGAUUCAGGCACGUUUUGUGUUCAUGUAAUGCUCUAUGGAUUAGAAUCUGCCACUACUGAUCCUACAUUUGAAAAUUUGAAGAUUAAUCUUAUUCAAAUGAUUGUUAAUCGAUUAGAAGAAGAAGUUGUUAAAGAACUUGUUAAUGCUUUAUAUCAUUUUGCAAUGACACGUUUAAAUCCUGACGAUGUUACUUUCAUUCGACCUAUUGAAAGCGAGCCAAAACAUGUAUUUGAAUAUAAAAUUUCACCAUACAUCAAUACGAAUGCAUUUUUAUAUUAUUUUCGACGUUAUGUUAAAACAAAUCAAUUUCAUCAACCUCUUCUUCUACCUGUACUUGCUAAAGAUCUUAAAGAAAUAAUUAAAGAUUAUCGUGGGCAAACAUUAAUUGUUUACAAUCGUACUUAUCAUAUGGGAAUUCCUCGGCCAGGUCUUGCAUGGAUUGAAUUACAUGUGUUAAAUCCAACCAACCGUCCGAGUCCUUUAUCAACAGAAGAUUUAUCCGAUGAAUUAACGGUUAAAUCACUUAUUGAUUUAAUUCAUAUUGUCGAACGAAAAUCUCCUUCUUCGUCUCCUUCCGGAAUAGAUGGAGAUAAUUCGUCCGAAAAUAUUCUUCGUUGUCAUGUUUGGACGCGAGGCAGCUCAGGAGAAAUUGAAGCAAGUGCAAUGUCAAGUACACUAUUACAAGCAUUUACAUAUGCAUUAGCUGAUUAUGUGACUGAAUAUAAACUUUUACCAUCACUCUAUAACAAUCAAAGGCACGGAGGGUUCGAACCACCACCAUCACCUCGUUCCAUGGCUACAGUUAGAUUUGCCGAUGAAUCAAAUUUUGUUCUUGAUCGAAAUAUACAAACAUAUGGCGUAGAAACAAUACCAACAACUCCUACACUACAAUCAAGACGUCGCCCAGAAUCAAUGCAAAGUUCUAUGUUAAGUAAUUCAUCAAUGGAUGAACCACAAUCACUCCCAAUUGAACAUGCACAUCGUUUAACAGCAUGGUUUCAACAUUUAAGUCAAAAUUAUCCAAAACUUCCCUCAGUAACAUAUGGUACUUACACAUUGAACAAUCGAAUACUUCUCAUAGAUAUUAUACAACAUUUCACGUCGUGGCUUAAUGAUCAAAAAUUUAUUGCAUAUAAACAUGAAUCAUUACAUGGAAUCGUACUUCGUUGUAACCAAGAACAAACUUUAUAUUUACCAUUGCCCACUAUGGAUCAAAUGCCACCACGUGUUCCUGGUGAAAAAAUUGAUCUGAUCGUAUUAUAUCAAAGUACUAGAUUGGCUAAUGAUGUAAUUGUUGAAAGUAUUGAACCAUCACCUCAACAAGAAUCUGGUGAUGCCAUGGCAUUAGCAAACAGUUCCGAUAUUCUUAAACAAAUAUUUUUAUGCGUCGUUGCAAAUGAUAAAAAGUUAACAAUGAUUUUAUAUAAUGCACCUGAUGAACUGUCGAAAUUAUUAACGAAUUAUUUUUCGAAUUUAAUCAAUUGGACAAAUAAACGGUUAAAUUUUCUCUCGAUACUUGUCGCACAAAAAAUGGGACUUUUUCGUUAUCGAUCAUUUCACAAUGAUCAACAAUCCGAUUAUAAUCGUCAUCAUUCACCACAUGGAUCAGUGACACAUAAACAUUCUGUAAAAACCGAUCAUGUCGAUCUUGAACAAUUAAUUAAAGAAACUAUACCACCAAAAACAAAAAAUAUUUAUACAUCAUGGAAUAUUGACUUACUCUAUUGUAAUUUAGUUGGUGCCUAUCCACCAUUAUCGAGUGAUUCAAGUCAAGAUCUUAUUCAACGACAUGGAACACAAUUACUUCAACUUAGAGAAAAUAAAAAGAUUCAUAUGGACCGAUGUACCAGACUCGAAGAAAUAUGUUCGAAUUGGCUACUUCGACCAAAACUAUUAAUUGCAGAUGAUGUAUUAAUACAAAUGAAACAUCGUUCACGAUUAUUAGCUUUAUCAGUUACACCAAUACUUUUCUCUCGACAUGCUCGACAAUUUUUUCAAAAUAAUUCAACAUUGCGUACAAACAAUGCACUGUGUUUGGAUGCGUCCUCAGCUCCAUCAUCAGCAACAUUUGAACUUUUAUCGGUUUAUCGAAUGGCAAACAAACGAAAAUCUGUUGCCAUUCCUGUCGAUUUUGCUCUACGCCGAUCUGGGCAAUCGAUUGAUGAGAAUGAUUAUCAAAUCACUCAAAAUCAAUUAGCACGUUUCGAUACAAGUCGUUUGAAUAAUAUCGAACCACUCUAUAUUCAAAUAACAUCAUUAUUUAUCGAACAAUUUUCUAAUCAUCUACAAACAACUUACAAGUAUAAUCCAAUAAGUACAAAAUUGAAUUCUCGAAAAGUCGCUCAUCCAUCGCAUGUUCAAACACCAAUUGAAUGCAAUUUUCAUCGUUCGGAUCAUAAUAAACGUGUAACUUUGCUAGCUGAAUUAUCAUCAGUAAAUAAUGUUCAAAUCGUGAUACGUUUUCUUCAAUAUGAUAUUGUUAAAAUACCUAAUAGUAAUCAAUCUGCAUCCACAAUUCAUUUUCGACCAAUUCCAAGUGAUUCCAAUCAGACACUUGAACAGAUAGAACUUGAUGCGUUUGCUUAUGAUUUUCAUCUCCAAACAAUAAUUCGCUAUCAAACAAAUCUAAGUGAUGCACAAAUGUUUCCAACGGAUUUUUCGGUUAUUUCAUUUUUGCAAGAUUUCAUUGAAUACUAUCCAACUCCACCGAUUGGAUCGAAAACAGCAUUAUUUCGAACUGUUAUUCAUCAUCAAAUUGAUAUUACUAAACGUUCGGCUGAUGCUUAUUUAUUCAAAUAUGUACUUGAACAUGCAGCAACAUAUAAUAUUCAAAUAACAAAAAGAAAUUCAGAUGAAUAUCUAUUCGAUUGUGAACAGAAAGAUAUCUAUUGGAUGGCUGCCCGAACAACUCCGUCGUCAUCUUCUGAAUUAACAGUUGUCCUGUAUAUUAUCUAUACAAAAUUAAUCGCAAGACAACCGAAUGCAUCCAAUGUAGUUGUACCAUCUUUAAACAAAAUACCGCUACCUUCAGCAAGUAAUCUUCGUGUAACAAACAGUUUAAACAAGAAUGGAAAUAAUAAUCAACCGAGAGAACGAGCUUCAACGAUAUUGCCACCAUCUGGUAAAAACAAUCUUGUUAUACCGGUUCGAUCAAAUUCGUUUGGUUCCGAACAGAACGUCGGCAUUAAUAUACCCGUAGAACAAAAUGUUGGAUUUUUCAAAGCAAAAUUAAUAUCUAUAUUAACUAAAGCAUCAUUAUCACAUCGCCGUGAAAGUUUAUGGGAACGAUUAAUUGCUUCUCGAACUGACAAUGCUAUACCUACACGUCAAGAAAUAAUGCCAAUACAAAUGAAUGAAUUUCAAUCAUUAAUAGAUUCUUGUGUUGGCGAUGAAAUAAUUGAAUUAAAAACUGUGACUACAUUAUUACAACGUGUAUUUUCUAAUAAAGAGCAAGUCGAUCGAUUGAAUCGAUUUUUACGUUCAAGAUAUGGUUCACAAUUUCAUCCAUUUAAUUCAUCAUCAAUUCACUAUCUAGUCAUCUUUCAAUAUAAAGCUCCACAACAGUGCGAUGUAUUUCUUGUUCUUGUCUAUCGAUCGGAUCAAAAUACACUAAAAUCCUAUUUAGUCAAACAUCGAAAUAAUAUCGAUUGUGCAUCAUUUGUUCAAACAUUUACACAGAGAAUUACCUAUUUUCUUUGGGAAUGUUUGACAUAG